AUGUUUAAGCCGUAUGAGAUGAGGAGGAAGGGGAAAGAAGAUCAGCAUGCAGAGAUGGGUCCACUGUUCAUAAUAAUGUUUCUGGCCACUGUGAUCCAUCAAUCUACAGGAGUGAAUUUCACACUUUAUAGUAAUUUGUCCACUGUGAAAAUAGAGGUGCAAAACAAGAUCCUUGAACAUCACAAUAAUAUAAGAAGAUCAGUGAUCCCAGCAGCUAGCAAUAUGCUGAAAAUGGAAUGGAGUAGUGAAGUUGCUUCAAAUGCUCAAAUGUGGGCGAAUGAAUGCAAGAUGAAAAAUAGUGGGUUUUCUGUUAGAGCUAUUAAUGAUACAGAAUGUGGUGAAAACAUAUUUGGAUCAAGCUUUCCUGCCUCCUGGGAUGAUGUCAUCCUUGGUUGGAAACUACAGAAAAGGAAUUUUAUUUAUGGACUAGGGGGCAUCAAUGAAAAUCACAAUUUUCUUACUUACAUUCAGAUGGUCUGGUAUAGAACUUACAAAAUUGGAUGUGGUUUUUCCCAGUGCCCAAACAAUAAAUAUAAGUACAUUUAUGUGUGCCAGUACUAUCCAGGAAGGAAUGAAGGCACUUCAUUAAUGACACCCUACAAGAAAGGUGACAGAUGUGCUGAUUGCCCUCAUUCUUGUGAAAAUGGGCUUUGUACCAAUCCUUGUCAGUAUGAAGAUAAAUAUACAAAUUGUCAAAAUUUGAAAGAUCAGCUUACCUGUGACUUCACACAUAUCAAGCUUCAUUGUGAAGCUUCAUGCAAGUGUACCAGUGAAAUAAAAUAG